GCCAGCUUCCUGAAGUUUCGUUCCGUACCGAGAGAUGUAUCGGAUCAUAACCUCUUUUACUUGAACAUUUGAAUUCAAAUUAAAAAAUUUCACUUUUUUCUUGCCAGCUAAGGCAGUUUAUUGCAUUGUCCAAAAUCUAUGGAUUCACUGUUUUCAAAUGUGCGAAAAUAACGUACAGCUGCCGUCACACGAUAUUUCCGAAAUCGAGAAAACAUGGGCUAAAGUUGAACGUGUAUCAAAACAGACAGGCAUGCGAGACGGCUUAUCCGAUGGCAGAGAUACUGCAUUUCAAUCGUCCUUCGACACUGGAUUUAAAGAGGGCUUCAAAAAUGGUUUCCAACUUGGAAAACUUAAAGGAAUUGCCAUUUAAGAAAAAAAAUCGAAGCUACAAACAUCACCUUAGCAGAAAGAAUAGAAGUCCCUCUGACAGACUGUGGAAAAUUCUUGGGAGUUCAUAUUGACCAAGCACUUUCCUGGGCUGAGUCCAUUGUACGUUUUGGAAUAAUUUUUUUCAGACAUAGUAGCCAUACCAAUAGGAUCUUUCUAGAGAUACUUGUAGAGGAAAAUUUAAGAGUAAUAAAAUUUUAACUGUAGCUGCAAUACAUUUAUAUUCAAGAGAUUCUAAUUUUUACAUUUAUUUUAUCGGUAACCCAUAAAGUGACUAUAACACAAUAAAUAGAAAUAUAAAUCUUCUGUAUCCAAUCCAUCAUCUCACGGUUACCGAAAAAAAAGGCCAUUAGAGCUGCACUAAAAUAUACAGGGUGACUUUGAAGUUGAGUCAUUAAUUUUCAGAUAAUGAUUGUAGAAGGAAGAUAAACCAAAAUAUGUGUGUAAAAAUAAAAAAUACAAACAAAUGUUACCUUGUUUUAUAAAGUAUCCUCCCGACAAGUAUUUCAGUGCGGACCUGUAUUUGAUCGUGCGGUCUUGGAGCAACGGCAUGCCCUCCCCUGUGAUGUGUUAAGUCACCUGAUUCACGAGCCCUUUGUACUACAUUAACAAAGGCACGAGGGAUUGGUUGCACUCGAUUGGGAAACCGAUUCUCAUAAAUCCGUGAUGUCCACAAGUUCAGCAUUUUCGUAAACAUGUGCCAUUUUUUAUUUCGUUUGAGCCACUCAACAAACACCACUAUUCACUCACGCGUUACCGACUGACACAUUGACUGAAUACAACUGAACAAAAUUGUAGUAAAAACAUCGUGAUAAGCGUUUCAAAUUAUUUCGCUUUUUUGUUUCUGAUGCGAUGAAUCGAUAAGGCGGAUUAUAUCCGUUGUUGCCAAACACGAGCACAUAAUAUUAUUAUUGAGACAGGGCGGUACUCAAACUUCUAAAGGGCUAUAACUUUGUUACUUUAAUUUUACCAGAAAAAUGUUAAAGGAAAAAAACAUUUCUUUUGAUCAGAUCUACUCACUGUUAAAAUAAAUGACUCAACUUCGAAGUAUAAUAAGUUACCACAAGAAAUUAAAAGGUUGGCAGAUAUAAAAGAAUAUAAAAAGAGUAUUUAUCAAUUGUUAAUGCACCUAGAACCAUAUGACCUUCAAGAAUAUUUUGAAAUUUAAAAUAUCUAUUAUGUUAUAUAUGUUUUGCCUCUUUGUUUUUUCUGUCUCGAUGACACUGUGACGUAUAUUCCACCUAACAGUGUGUAAU